ACACUUACGUUUCUCCAGAGGAUUUUGAUUCCCAAUUCGCAAAGAAAAACACAAAUAAGGCAACAGAUCGCGCGUAGGCCAAUACUCCAAUAUUCCACAGCCAGUGCGCGAAAUACAGUUGAAAUAGCCGCGAGAAAACGCAACAACGCAGCAGGAAAGUGGCGCCUCCGCCUCCGCCGCCUCCCCACAUACCAAAAAAAAAAAAAAGAUCUCGGAUCGCACAGGGUUUUUAUUUUGGGCAAGCACACUUGGAUCGGUGGGUGCUGCGGAUCCGACGACCUAUAUAGAAGAUCGAGAGUGCCCAGUGGCGUCGCGUCGCUUUGGAUUAUGUCAUUUGUUUACGGGCAAUUGCCGCAGGCCCAGUAGCCAAUGUUCCAAUGUUGCAUCCGAGAGGCAGCGAAAACCUGUAAAAAUGUAGACUGUGUGCGCGUGUGUGUGUGGGCCAGUGCUAGUGUGUGUGUGUGUGUGUGCGGAUAAUGGACGUUUAGUGUUUAGUCGUGGCCUGUAAGAUAUAUAGUGAAAUAGAUAUAGCCACGAGAUCCAAAAGUAUAGAGAUCCACGUAGAGAUAGCGCUACCGCCACCCAAUGGCCACCUAUAAUCCGGGCGCCAACAGCAGUGCCGCCGACAUCCUGAGCGCCACCACCGCCACGGCGACCUUUUUGGUGCCCACCAGUGCAGCAGUAUCGCAUCCUGGCGCACAUCCUGCCCAGCUGCAGCUGGACCAGUUCGGAGGCUUUGCGGCGGGAACGGCAGCUCCCCUGCAACAACAACAUCACCAUCAGCAGACCAACUCCUCGUACACCUUUGUGCAGAUUAAGAGGGAGCCCUGCCAGGUGUCCGAGAUCAGCUCCAACAAUUGCCACCAACAGCAGCAUCAGCAGCAGCAGCAGGUGAAUCAUCAGGGUCUGUCCUCCGCCUCGAUGACCGCCUCCUCGAAGACCAUGUCCUCCUCCACCCUGACCACUCUCGUCAAAAUAGAGGCACCCUCGCCAAAGGUCUCGGAACUGGAGAAGUCCUCAGGCAACUCCGUGCCCAUUGGCAUCGCCGUGGCCAGGAAACGGCCGCAGGAAGCCCUGGUGCCAGCUCUAAACACCCCCGCCACGAUGCCCCUGCAGCCACCACUCAACAAGGACAUGAACUGCUUCGGCAUACGCGUCGCUGACCUCGGUGCCACCAGUUGCGGGAAUCUGUACUUUACGGGCAACGGCGACUUGAUGACCACCGGCACGGCCACCGCCGAGGAACUGGCUCUGAACCGAGCGCCCUCGACCUUCUGGCAGUAUCCAAAUGCAUUACCCAUUGAAUCAGUGAUUUCCAUGUCGCCCGCCACGGUGGGCCUGCAGUACUCGCGGGAGGCCAGUCGCGGACAGGUGGUGCUGCUGCCGGCCGGCCCAACAGCGCUCGCAGGCAUAUCAAAUUUUCCCCUCUUAACGCCCACAGAUCCGUUCCAACAGGCGGCGGCUGCGGCGGCCUUUGUCUGGCCCUCGGCCUACAUCCCCCAGGCGCCGGCUCCUGGUGGUCACUCCGCUGCUGCUGCCGCCGCCGCAGCAGCUGCCUCGCUGCAGCCGACGCCCAAUUUGUCCAGCUUGCCCAACUUCAUCUUCCCCUCGAUGGGCGGCCACCAGGCGCUGAGCACCACGCCAUCGUAUGCCUCCCUGCAGCUGUACUUGGCCGCCGCGGCCACGGCGACGGGCAGCUCGACAAUGUGCCAGCACAGCAAUCAACAGACCAGCACCACCACCACCAAUUCCACCAUCAAUCUGAGCCUGGCCGCCGGUUCGGGGGUCACGCCAAGCGGCAACGCAGCCAGCAGCUUGAGUUCCAGCAGCAGUCUGAGUGCUAGCAGCUCUCGUUUCCUUAGUUUGGCUACUGGUCAGCACGGGAUUCCUUCGCUUCUCUCCCUGCCGCCGCCGGGAAUGAAGGAGGAGUACUCGAUGCCUCUGGCCCUGCCACCUCUAGUGCCGCUCGAGGCGGCGCGGGACAAGGAGCAGGCCCUCAAUCUGAUGCGCCUGCCCACGCCGCCCACGUCGGCCACCAUGGAGCCGUCUUCCCUGGGCCAAGGGACGCCCCACCAUCUCUUCCAGUCGGCUGCCAUGACUACGCCCACGCCGGCAUUGCUCAACCUUUCGAUGCAUGGCAACGGUGGAGAGUUGCCCACAGCCACGCCUCUGCCGGCGGUCUGUGAUGAAGCGGCGCUAAACUAUAAGCUCCAUGCACCGCUGACGCCGCAGACACCACCCCGUCUGUCGGAGAUGUCGGUGUCGGGAUCGACCCAACUUCUACCGCAGAUGCAGGAUGUUAAUAUACAGACGGACACGCCCGUUUGCAGUGAGGACGAGAGCUUCCCGGGUCCAGCGAAGCCCCAGGAUCCGGCAGUGGAAGCCUUUGCACCCACCUCCCUUAUUCAGCCGCUGGAACUUACCAAGCCCAGUGAAGCCAGCCAUACCCAGCCGACCGAGUGCCAUACCCAGACCGAACCCAGUGACAUACCCAGUGCCAGCCAGGAAGAGUCAGCAGAGCAGACUCCCCCGGAACCCAUAGAAACGAUGUCCCAAGCCACGCAGGCUGAUCAAGAAACCCCCGAGGACCUGACCGGUUUGGAGCUGCUCUCGAACAUAAGCACCAAUAGCAAGCCGAUGUUGAGAGUUAAGCAGGAGCCGGUGGAGCAUGUGGAGCAAUCGCCACCGCCGCCGCAGCCUGUGGAACUCAUGCCCCCAGAGCCUACGCCGCCCAUGCUGGAAAUGGAGCCCACGCCAGCGCCGGAACCUCUGGGUGGCCUCAAGCUGUUGUGCGCCCUUGCCGAGCAACGGAUCCAGGAGGAGGUUGUGCAGGGCAGCAGUCUCUUUGCCACGCCCUCGUCGCGGACGCCCACUCCUACGCCGCAGACGCUGGAAACGACGGCCACGUCGCCGCCGGCCUUUGAGGCCAAGUCCUGUUUCGCCUUUGGCCAGUCGCAGGGUUCCGUCUUCCCCUCCUCCUCCUCCUCCUUUCAGAUGCCAUUAAGCUCGCCCGGAUUUCCCUCGAUGCAGGGCAUCGAGCUGCCAUCUACGUCGGCUGGUACCGUGGCCGAGUUGACUCCCGUAAAGCGCAAGAAGCACAAACAUUCCAAGUCCUCGGGCAGCGAUAGCCGCAAGUCGGCGCGUUGCAGCAAGAAGAGCAAAAAGAAGCGGCGCCACAGCAGCAGCCGUCAGCAGUUGGCUGCCCCGGCGGAGGAGGACGUGGACCUGCAGGACGAGCAGCUGCAGUCGGAGCUGCGCAGUGCUCUCCACGCCAUGGAUCCCAGCUACGCACAGCGCUUUGGCCAGGAGGUCUUCAGCAUCAUGGACACCAGCAUGCGUAUGCGACUGGCGGACGUCACGCGGCAGUAUCGCAAGAAGAAGCGGAAGCUGGACGAGAUUUCCAAGCACAAGAAAAAGAAGAAGUGCUCCAAGCAGCAACUCCUACUGCAACAACAGCAGGCAGCUGUGCAGAUGCAAGUGGUGCAGCCACCACCUGGUCUGCCACAGCCACAGAUUACGCUGUCUAGUGUCCUGGGAACCUCAUCCCCGCUGCGCGACUACAAGUUCCCGAAGUUUUCGAGCAGUAACCUCCAGACGUCCACUUUCUUGCGAUUCCCGGACAAGACGCACUCGUUCCCCCCACCGCCGUCCCUGCAGCAGCCCCAACCGGAGCACAAUCCCUUGCCCAGCAGCAACUCACCGAGUACCUCGUCGUUCGUCCGCCUGGAGCCCAGUGCACUGGACGCGGCCGUUGCCAUAACCCCAACUACCUCUGCGACUUCCGUCUCCGGCUCACCCUCCACCAAGCAGGCGGCUUCUGCGGCGCGAAAGCAGCGGAAGAUGAAAGCGAUAGCCAGCGGAGCCGCUGGAGAGCAACCAACGGCCACGGAGGCUAAACGGCGGGUCAGCGGGAUUGACCGUGAACUGCAGCUGACCAGCGAGCACCUGUAUCGCGAUGAGACCCGUGUCCUCACCGAUAUGGGCGGUCUCUUCUAUGCGGGCGUGAUGAAGCCCUUGCGCCCGCCCGAUGUGUACUCGAUCACAUUGGACGGCGAGCGCGGUAACAAGUCGCAUGUGAUGUCCCGCGAGGAUAUACUCAAGGACACGAUCCUCGAGGUGGCGCCGAAGAGCGUGGAGAGUGUGCCAGUGGGUACGCGAUUAUGUGCCUACUGGAGUCAGCAAUAUCGAUGCCUCUAUCCAGGACGGGCCAUCGACUCCGAGCAAGUGGACGAUGGAACGGCCGGCAGCACAACACAUUCGGUAACAACAGCGCCGGACUUUGUCAGUGUGGAGUUCGACGACGGUGACAGCGGCAGGAUCCGCUUGCAGAACAUCCGCCUGCUGCUCAGCGAUUAUCCCAUAGCAGAGUACAACGAUAAUCCCCUCUACUCAGUAGGCAAGCAGAAGCGAAGCGCUCUGCGCGGGGGUGAAAGUGGCCCCGGAGGAGUCACGCAGGACCACUUAAACGUGCCCGGCUGCGAGGAUUCGCAUAGUCAUCACAGCCUGGGGAUGAGUAGCGAUAACACCACAUCGCUGGCCGCCACUAUGGAGCUCUUUACGCAGCGCAGUGAGAAGAAGCGCCUCAAGAAGAGUCUCAAGAAGAUGUCCAAGGCUCAAAAUGGCCUUAAUCCGGCCACGGCUACCAAUGGUGGUGCUGAUCCAGCUGCAACUGGCGAAGGUAUCGUUGCAGAGGAUGCCGCUCGGAAGCACCACAAGCACAAGAAGCGCAAGAAGCACAAGAAACAUCACCGCAAGAAUGGCAGCGAGGAGCCAGAGCAACAAGUAGUUCAGCAGGACUUUUCUGCGGCAGCGCAGGAAACGAUAGAGGCUCCUUCUACAGAGAUGUCAGCAGCACCAGCGCCAACCACGAAUCGUGUCAAGGUGGAGGUGAAAGUCAAGACAGAGCAGUUGGAGAUGGAAGAGGAGACGGCAUCCAAUCUCAUGUCAGAGAUAUCCGAUGAGGCCAAGGGCGACGAUCUGGUUGAACAUAACAACUCCAAGGGAAGCAGCAAGAUAGCCGCCUUCCUGCCGGAACGGCAGCUGUGGGGUUGGUAUGGUACCGCCUAUCGCAAGGCGGGCGUCAAAGGACGCGCCAGAAAGCAAUUUUACAAAACAAUCAAAAGGGGAAAGGAGACUAUCACGGUCGGGGACAGUGCAGUAUUUCUAUCGACGGGCAGACCAGAUCGACCCUAUAUCGGGCGCAUCGAGUCCAUGUGGGAAACGACCACGGGCAACAAGGUGGUGCGAGUGGCGUGGUUCUAUCAUCCGGAGGAGACGACCGGCUGUCCAAAGUUGAAAUUUCCGGGUGCUCUAUUUGAAUCGCCGCACGAGGAUGAGAACGAUGUGCAGACAAUUUCGCAUCGGUGCGAGGUGCUGCAGUUUGGCAGUUAUUUCGACAAAUUCGGUGCCGAUUCGAAGCAAUAUCAAUCCAUAUACGAUAACAAUGAUACAUAUUAUUUAGCCGGGCACUAUAACCCAAGGUUACAAGUGCUAAAACUACAAGACGAUAUUCCAACUCUCGAAGAGCUGCAGGAUACAAAUAAUACUACUACUACUACAGAAACUACUACCGAGGAUUAAGCGAAAAGUGGAUAGGCGUGGUUAGGCAUAGUGCAUACAGAUCUAUAUAUAUACAAUAUAUAUACAUUAUACAUAUAUUUUACUAUACGUGAAAAGAUGGAGAGCAGAUAUAUACCUAUAUGUAUACAAAUAUUAUUUCUAUAUAUUUUAAAUGUAUUAUGUAUUUCGUGAACUCAAAAAAUUGUAAGCAAAAACAACAAAAAAGGACACUGGCGAGAGAAAAAACGAGAGAGAACAAGGAACUAAGCAACAACCACUAAAUUAAUGUGUAGUUACGAGAAGCGCAAGCAAUUUUAAGUCUAAUUUUGUAAAAAAAAAAAUGAAAAAAACAAAACUUGAAAAGCGCUUCGAUGACGACAAACUUAAUUCACUUCAAGUUCAGCGAAAGUUUACAAACGAAAUGUGUGCUUCUACAUCCCCUUUGAUCCUUUGACCCUUCGAACACAACACAUAACAACACAACCAACCAACCACAGAUAAACACAGUCCACAUUUAGAACCCAAGCUAUAGCUACAGAUAUGUGAAACACUUGUUAAUUUACGUGUAUACCUACAUGUUUCAGAUGAAAUUUAAAACGUGUUUUAAAGAUUUUAAGCAGGCAACAUGCAGCAACUACUACUAUAAAUGUAACAAUUCAAUGUGAUAGCAAAACAAAACCAGAUGUUGAUGUGUACAGAGGAGAGAAUAAGUAUAGAUGAUAAAUGAGAGAUCAAGCAGAUUGUGUGUGUUGAAUAUUUACAGUUCGUUUAUUCAAGAAGAACAGCAACGUAUAAAAUCAAACCUAUCUUUAAUUACAUCAAUAAACUUGCCAGAUAUAUUGAAA